ACAAUCUGAAUGAAAUAAAGCGACGACACAAGAAUCUAAUGCCUGUAACGUCUAAAGAUGAUGCAUCUACAACAUGACAUUGCCUGUUGCAUUUCAGUUUUAUUUAUUUUUGAUGUUGUCAAAGCUGACUAUCAGAAUUAUCUGAGCCUUCAGCACAGAGCAUUACAUUUACCUGAUAAGAAGUUUGGUUUCAAAGAGUAUUCAGAAUAUACUGACAUUGAUGACAGAGAUAAGGGGUCUUUAACACAGCAAUGGGAUCAAGUACCUUUGUUGUAUCAUAAUGGACGUGCAUCACAAAGUGCUAUAGAUGCUGAUACAGAUUCUCCAAAUGUAUUUGAUAAAAGAAAACCGACACAACUAAACAAUUUAAGAUCUUUAUUAUUUAUAAAAAAGGUAAAAUUUUUUUGUACAAUAAAAGUUUCACAAGUUGGUGGCCUUAAGGAUAUAAUGUGGGAUUCCCAUUGGGCUAACAACUUAAGGUUUGGUCAGAUAUCUGCAGUGUCAAUAGACCCGAAUGGCAAUAUAGGAAUAUUCCAUAGAGGCUCGCGGUCUUGGGGUGUUGAUACAUUUGAUAAAAGCAAUAGAUUCAAUCAAAAUAAUGGACCAAUUGAAGAAAACACUGUAAUUCUUCUGGAUAAGUCUGGACGGAAAUUAUUUGAAUGGGGUGCAAACAUGUUUUACUUGCCACAUGGGUUAACAAUAGAUUCAUAUGGAAAUUAUUGGAUUACUGAUGUUGCGUUGCAUCAAGUACUCAAAUUUGAUGCUAAAGACAUAGAAAAAAUGAAAAAUAUGGAAAAGUUGAGGGACAGACGGUACAACCAGGAAACAAUGUUUCUUAAUAAUCAUAAUUCUAAUAGCUUGAUUCAAAGUUAUAUUCCCAAGCCAUCAUUGAUUCUUGGAGAGGCUUUUGAGCCUGGUAAUGAUGAACAACGAUUUUGCAAACCAACAGCAGUUGCUGUAGAAAGUAAUGGUGACUUUUUUGUCAGUGAUGGAUACUGUAAUUCCAGAAUUAUUAAGUUCGAUUCAAAAGGAACAAGAAUUCUACAGUGGGGUCGACAUUGGGGCGGGAAAGAAAGCAUGUAUGUGCAAGCUCCAACGCCUAAUGCAUUCUUUGUACCACAUGCAUUAGCCCUUGCUAGUGAGUUCAAUUUAAUAUUUGUUGCCGAUAGAGAAAAUGGUAGAGUUUCAUCUUUCUCUGUAUACAAUGGAACGUUCCAGAAGCAAUAUAAGCAUCCGAUAAUUGGUACCAAGAUUUACAGUGUAGCAUAUGCUAAAGAGAAACUUUAUGUAAUCAAUGGUCCCGAAACAAAUUCAAAUAACUAUGUGCACGUAAGGGGAUUUGUUAUUGAUAUGCAUUCUGGAGAUGUACUAUCUCAGUUUAGGCCACAUCAUGAUAUGGAUAUGCCACAUGAUAUAGCUGUGACUGAAGAUGGGUCUGAAAUAUAUGUGGUGGAAUUAAAUAAACAGAUAGUGUAUAGAUUCUUGCAAGAUACGAAUGCAUCUGUGCAAACUGGAAAGUCAGUGCUAAAGACAAACCCUCGUCAGGAACCUGCACCUUUAACGGAUAGUAACUCUAACAAUUCUUCCAGUGGAGGUACUACAACAGCAACAUUAGUCUUAUCCCUUGUUACAGCAGCAGUCAUUUUUAUUGCCCUGUGUGUAGCAAUUGCUGCAGUUGUAGCAAGAUGUCAGAAAAGAGGAUGUUUAUUAAUAAUGCGAAAAAGAAUGCGUUGGGAAGCGGAGAGGCGAGAAAACUUUAAGCUGUCGAGUCUCUUGGAAGGCAGAAGGGGCAAAAGUUUCAAGAUAUUCGAGAAACGGCCGAAUCCGCGAGACUUUAGCAAAUUAAACACAGAACCAGAAACCUCGGACGAUGAACAUCCGGAGAACAGCCUUACGAGGAUCAUUUAA